AUGUUGCGAUAUAUCUCGACGCUGGUAAGUUGGCUGCAUGCGCCCCAUGUGAUCGUUGGGCAGGAUGCCUUGCUGAGACAUGCUGGAUGGCUGGGCUGGCCUGCGAACAUUGGCCCAGCAGCCGAACUGUAUGCAUCCGUGUACAAGAACGCAAGUUCGCCUGCUUCUGUGCGUGGUCUUGUGACCAACGUGGCUAACUAUAAUGCCUUCGUCGCCACGACGUGCCCCUCUUACACCCAAGGAAAUGCUGUCUGCGACGAAAAGAUCUAUAUCAACAACUUCGCCCCACAGUUGGCCAGCGCUGGAUUCGAUGCUCAUUUCAUCGUCGAUACCAGGAAGUCCUACCAUGCUAGCCAGCUGCACAUCGCCUAA